CUCAGCACGGUAAAUCUUGCCCUCGUCGCGUUGUUCCAUGUCGAACCAAAAUCGAAGAUUCUCUGCCACCCCUUGGUACAUACACGGUACGGCACGCGCACAUGUGGAGACAGACGCAAAGCAAGCCGAGUGUUUGGUGUCUCAUUCUUUGCAGCUAUUGCCAAUGACCUUUUUAUCUGGGCCCUCGACCGUCCCAAUUCUUUCGAGCGUGGCUGCUCUGGGACGUCGAACAUGUUCCGACCAGGAUCGAACCAAUGACGCUCCACAACGCUGUUGUCUGGCAAGUACCAGUGCUCUUUCGUUCCAAUGCUGUUGCACCCCUCGCUCAGGUAAAUCUCCGUGGCUCGACGACGACUUGCACGAGAAUGAAAAAGCGCGACGAGACGGCAAGGGAUAGACCGGCUGACAACAGCUGAAACGCGAGCCGUACGUCCAGC